AUGGCCACGGUGGUGCUGCGUCGAAGGUUGGAGUCAGUGGCCUUAGAGGGCUUUUCCAAGCGGAACGACCCCAGGACUCUCCAGGCACGGGAAUGCUUGGGGCUGGAGGACACUGUCCCGCAGGAGGUGCGCGCCGCGGCUGCGGAGGCGGUGCAGUGGCUGCGCGUGCGGUCACAGCGCCACCUGGCGGAUCAGCUCGUCGGUGCAUUUGGAGAAGCCUGUCCUUCGUGCACACAACCAGGAGCAGGACCCCUGUUAGCCCCAUGCGCUUCUAAUGGUGAGGAUGACCAUGAAGAGCGUGACGAAGAUGACGAUGGAUAUGGCUGUGAGGAUGAGAUGGAGGAGAACGGAGAUGAAGGCAAGGAUCUUACAGUUGAAGAGCAGAAGGGAUACAAGGCUGAAGACCAGGGUGCUGAGAACUGGGAAGAUGAGUAUGAGCCUCAGCCUGUGAUGGUGCCAGCCAAGAACAGCCAGUGGGUUGCCAUCUGGUCAUUCUUCUGCGAGCCAUCAGGGCAGCAGAGAAGCACAAGCAGGGGCAUCAUGGAGAAACUGAGGGACGUUGUGAGUGGGGAAGACCCUGAGGAUAAAUACUUAGAAUUGCAGGAACUCGGCCAAGGGGCGUCAGGAACAGUGUAUCGGGCUAUUGAGGUGUCCAGAGGACAGGAGGUGGCUAUCAAGCACAUUAACACCCAGAAAGAGGCAGAGGUGGUUCUCCUGAAUGAAAUCAGCUUCAUCAAGGGCAACAAGAGCCCAAACCUUGUCAACUGCUUAGACAGCUACAUGGCGGGUGAGGAGCUGCUGAUUGGGAUGGAGUACCUGGAUGGAGGGUCCUUGGCCGAUGUUGUCCUGGAGCUGUGGAUAUAGGAAGAGCAGACAGCAGCCAUCUGUAGGGAGUGUCUGCAGGGCCUGGACUUCCUGCACUCCAACAGCAUCGUCCACCGUGACAUCAAAAGCUACAACAUCCUGCUGGGCAUGGACGGGGCCGUCAAAGUGGCUGACUUUGGACUCUGUGUUCAGCUCACCUCCGAGAACAGCAAGAUGAGGGAGUGCGUUGGGACCCCUCACUGGAUGGCGCCAGAGGUGGUUAAGAGGGAGCCUUAUGGUCCCAAGGUGGACAUUUGGUCCCUUGGGAUCACUGCCAUCGAGAUGGCAGAAGGAGAACCACCUUACGGCCAUGAACAAUACAGCAGGGUAAGGUGCACCCAAGCAGCUGCCACUGCUGUGUCUGCUCUGAGAUAA